UAUGAUGAUGAUGACAAGAUAGUAGGUGGAUAUCCCUGCCAAGUGUCAUACCAGGUCUCUCUGAAUUCCGGGUACCACUUCUGCGGAGGUUCCCUGAUCAAUGAGGAAUGGGUUGUAUCUGCUGCUCACUGCUACAAGUCACGCAUUGAAGUCAGAAUGGGAGAAUAUGACAUCAGAGCCGUAGAUGGAACAGAACAGUUCAUUCAAUCGGCAAAGAUCAUCCGCCAUCCGAAGUACAAUGCUUACACGAUUGACAAUGACAUCAUGUUGAUCAAGCUUUCUGAGCCAGCCAAGCUAAGUGACGUAGUUCAGCCCAUCGCUCUCCCAUCUCAGUGUGCACCUGAUGGUACUGUGUGUUUGGUCUCUGGCUGGGGGAACACCAUGAACACCGCAGCAUCCAACCCAGAUCUUCUGCAGUGUGUUGAUGUUCCAGUUGUGCCUGCCGCCGACUGCUUGAAGUCCUAUCCAGGACAAAUUACAGAGAACAUGAUCUGCUUGGGCUUCCCAGAGGGCGGAAAAGACUCCUGCCAGGGCGACUCUGGUGGACCAGUGGCUGUCAAUGGAGAGCUCCAAGGUGUUGUGUCUUGGGGAAGAGGCUGUGCUCUGCCAAAUUAUCCUGGAGUUUACACCAAAGUCUGUAAUUACAUCUCCUGGAUUGAGGAUACCAUCGCCAACAACUAA